AUGGAGAGAGAGGCUUUGAAAAUUUCAGAUGUAUCUUAUGUCCAUACUGUUGAUAUGAGCAGUAGGACAUGUAGUUGUAAAUCAUGGAUGCUCAAAGAAAUACCAUGUCCACAUGCCAUUGCUGCCAUUCUUUACAAGAAUUGGGAACCAAUUGACUAUGUUGAUGAUUGCUACAGUAAGGAGACUUAUCUAAGAACCUACUGUCAUUACCUACAACCAGUAACCAACAUGAAAAUGUGGUCUGAUUCAACAAAUCCUCAUGUGGAACCACCAGUUGUUAAAUCUAUGCCAGGAAGGCCAAGAAAGGAUUCUGUUGCUGCUGGACCAAGUAAUGAAACAGGUGCUUCUAGAGCAAUUCCUAAACCUAGAGGAAGGCCAAUAAAGACACCUACUACUACUACUAAAGCACCUGUUACUAAUGGAGAACUUCCCAGGCCUAAGGAAAGGCCAAGAAAGACACCUACUACUACUACUGAAACACCUGCUACUGAUGGAGAACCUCCUAGGUCGAAGGGAAGGCCAAGAAAAAAAAAUGUUAAUCCUGAUGCACCGCCUCCUAGGCCUAGGGGAAGGCCAAGAAAAACAACAAGCAAUGAGACACUUAUUGGAACAUUAACUAUAGGUAGAGAAAGAGACACAACACCUGAUACAACACCUGCAAGGGGAAGAGGCAUAGGCAUUGAAAGGGCUGAUACUACACCUGCCAGGGGAAGAGGCAUAGGCAUUGGAAGGGGUAGGGGAAGGAAUAAUACAACUGUUCUAGCACCAGGAAGAAACAGGGGUUUCAAAGUAUCUCUAAGUGGUAUAGGAGCACCAAAUAGGACAUCUUUGCAUGAGUGGUUUGAAAAUCCAACAAUUUACACUACAAAUGCUUCACCAAAUCCACCUGUUUUACCUGUUCGUUCUCAAUCUAAUGCAAUACCUACUAAAAGGUCCAGAACAGUUGGAAUGGGAGUUUUUAUUGCUGAAAAUGGCUUAACAACAUACAAUCCAGGACUGCCAAGUAAUAGGAUAUUACAUACAGGUUCUGGACAGCCUAUCAGUUCUGCUAAUGUUACUGGGGACCUUGGUUUCAAACCAAAAACUGGUGUAAGGUGGAAGGGAAAAAAAGCAAUGACAUUAAAUCAACUUGAAGUGAUGAGGGAUGAGAUGAGAGUGAACAAAAGACAGAAAAAGGCUUCUUCACAAUCCUAGGAACAAUGGAAGUAGUUAAAACAUUUUGAUAGUUUUUUGAGAUCAAAGUUGAUGUAAUCUUAUUUAUCAUGUUAGUGGGCAAGUUAUUUACCAUAUUUGUAUGUUUUGAAGUUGUUAUCAACUAAUGUAUGCUACAUUUGCUUGUUUUAAUCCAA